CAUUUGAUGACUUAGUAAAAAAAUCUUAAAUUAAAAACAAAAUUAUACAAUAAUCAUAAUUACAAUAAAGCCAAAAGAAAAUCCAUCAAAACCAAAGUAAAAGAAGGUUAGGAUCUCCUAAAACAAAGACGCAAAAAAUAUCUAAUCGAUCAAAAGUUGAGGCAAAAAAAUGGGAAGUUCGUUCUGUUUUUUAUGUGGCUGUGUAGACCAAGCAAGCGUUGGUGUUAUUGAAAGGUGGGGUCGUUUUGAGCGAUUAGCUCAACCAGGUUUCCACUUCUUUAACUGUUUUGUUGGUCAAUGUUUAGCCGGUGUUCUGUCUACCAGAAUCCACUCUCUUGAUGUUCGAUGCGAAACCAAAACCAAGGACAAUGUCUUUGUGCAUUUGGUUUGCUCGAUUCAGUAUCGAGUAGUCAAGGAAAAUGCUGAUGAUGCAUUCUAUGAGCUCGCAAAUCCCAGGGAGCAGAUUCAGGCUUAUGUGUUUGAUGUGGUUCGAGCUCUCGUUCCAAGAAUGACAUUGGAUGAUCUUUUUGAGCAGAAGAGUGAGGUUGCCAAAGCUGUCUUGGAGGAAUUGGAGAAGGUGAUGGGAACCUAUGGCUACAGCAUAGAGCACAUUCUGAUGGUUGACAUCAUACCUGAUGAUACUGUUCGCAAGGCAAUGAACGAGAUCAAUGCAGCUCAACGACUUCAGCUUGCUAGUGUAUACAAAGGCGAAGCUGAAAAGGUGUUCCUAGUCAAAAAAGCUGAGGCUGAGGCUGAAGCCAAGUACCUUGGUGGGGUUGGUGUGGCCAGACAGAGGCAGGCAAUCACAGAUGGUUUGAGAGAGAACAUACUAGAGUUCUCACACAAGGUGGAGGGAACGUCAGCUAAGGAAGUGAUGGAUCUCAUCAUGAUCACGCAGUACUUUGACACCAUCAAAGACCUCGGCAACUCAUCAAAGAACACCACUAUUUUUAUUCCUCAUGGCCCUGGUCAUGUAAGGGAUAUUAGUGACCAAAUUCGCAAUGGGAUGAUGGAGGCAUCCAGUGCUCAAAUUGAUCAGCAGUGAACCCAUUUCCUGGGCAUCAUCCGAAGCACGUUUUCUUGAACUUGACGGCAACUCUGGUACAAUAUUAUUUAAGUAAAUAAGAUGAGAGAAAAUAUACGUGGGGAUGAUAUUUUGUGUUUAACAAUCCUUUCAGCAUUAUCAAAUCGCAAUUUUCUUUACUUUCUUUCUUGUUUUUUCUUUUCCCAGAAGGAUGUUGCAAAUUUGUUGAUUGCAAGCUAGGUUUAGUGUCUAUAUGGUCACAAGUCCCUCUUCUCUUGA